UCGGGCUUCCGGCGGCCGAGGCGAUGCGGGUACUGGUGCGGCGCUGCUGGGGUCCCCGGCUGGGUAGUGUCGCCAGGCCUGGGAGGCCGAGUGCCCAGUGGCGAGCGCUAGUCGGACUCGGCGGGGAGGACGGCCGGGACGCCAGAGUCCGCGAGAAGCCGCCUUGGAGGGUGCUGUUCUUCGGCACGGACCAGUUCGCCCGCGAGGCGCUGCGAUUCCUGCACGCCGCCAGGGAAAACAAAGAGGAAGAGUUAAUCGACAAACUGGAGGUGGUCACAAUGCCUUCCCCAUCAACAAAAGGACUGCCAGUGAAGCAGUAUGCCGUGCAGUCUCAGCUUCCAGUGUACGAGUGGCCGGACGUUGGAUCUGGAGAAUAUGAUGUUGGAGUAGUGGCUUCGUUUGGCCAACUUUUGAGUGAGGCUCUUAUUCUUAAGUUUCCCUAUGGCAUACUGAAUGUCCAUCCCAGUUGCCUCCCGAGAUGGCGUGGCCCAGCCCCUAUAAUCCAUACAGUGCUUCAUGGAGACCCUGUUGCUGGAGUCACAAUUAUGCAAAUUAGGCCUAAAAGGUUCGAUGUAGGCCCGAUUCUCAAACAAGAAACUGUUCCUGUGCCACCCAAGAGCACUGCAAAGGAAUUGGAAGCAGUGUUGUCAAGACUGGGUGCCAACAUGCUCAUUUCAGUUUUGAAAAAAUUGCCUGAAAGUCUGAACAAUGGAAGACAGCAGCCAACAGAGGGGGCAACUUAUGCCCCUAAGAUUUCUGCUGGUACCAGUUGUAUAAAAUGGGAGGAACAAACUUCAGAACAAAUAUUCAGACUUUACCGUGCCAUUGGAAAUAUAAUUCCAUUGCAGACGCUCUGGAUGGCGAAUACCAUUAAACUUCUGGAUUUGGUAGAAGUUAACAGUUCAAUCCUUGCUGAUCCAGAAUUAACAGCACAGGCUCUUAUUCCAGGAUCAGUAAUAUACCACAAACAGUCACAAAUACUGUUGGUUUAUUGCAAGGAUGGCUGGAUCGGGGUUCGAUCAGUGAUGCUCAAGAAAACACUAACAGCUACUGACUUCUACAAUGGAUAUUUGCACCCUUGGUACCAAAAAAAUGCCCAAGCUCCAACAAGCCAGUGCAGAUUUCAGACUCUCAGACUUCCAGCAAAGAAGAAGCAGAAAAAAAUUGUUGCUAUGCAACAGUGCAUUGACUAGUUAGGAAGAAGAUGGAUAAAAACCUAUUACAUAUUUGUAAUUUAUUAAAAACCUUAUUUACAAGGAA